AAAAAAAGGGCCCGAGUGGGGGUAUUUUAUCUUCGUACCUUAGCAUCGGUUUUAUUUAAAACGAAUUAUUCGCUUUAUAAGGUAAACGUCUUUUUAAUAUUCGGUUAAACUGUGUGUGAAAAGUUUUCAUUAUGGCGAAAAUGAAUACUAUAUCGACUCUUGUAUUCUUCACAAUCGCUUUAUUCUGGACACCAUCCACCUUAUCUGUAAAAACCAGCGACGUGAAAGACAAACGUGGUGCAGUCUCAGGAUCAUAUGGAUCAGCACUGUCGCCUCCUUACAGUCCACCCGAUCAUCCACUCGCCAACUCCGGAUUCACGCCAGUCGCCGCUCCAGUUGGAGUCUACCCUCAAGCACCAGCUCCCAUAAGUGCUCUGCUCAUCCCUGGUAAUCUACUCUACGGCCAAGGCUUAGACUACUCCGGGUUAUCUUACGGAGGCUACGGAGGCUACCCCUCUGUCCCAGCAGCAUAUCCAUUGGGACUGAACUAUGCUGCAGUAGGAUCUCCAUCAGUAGCUGCUUAUAAAUUAGGUCCUGUUACUUUCAACCCUAGUCCAGCAGUUACUCCUUAUGCAGCUCCAGCAGCGUAUCCUUCUUAUAACAUAUUGUCAUCUUUGGGGCCCGAUUACUCUGGUAUCGGAUCUGGUUAUAGUCUACCUUCUGCAGCUUACCCAUCGCACAGUCUGGGAUAUUCUCCUAGCUAUGGUUCUGGUUCCAGUUAUUCGUCUUCGUAUCCUUCCAGUAGCCUGAGCUCGUAUUCUUCGCCGAGUAGCCAAUCAUCUAGCACUUACAGCAGUUCACCACCUUAUUCGGCUUUUGUAGGUAAUAACCAUGGAGGAUCGUCUUACUCGUCGUAUUCGUCUCCAUCUUCUGCAUAUUCUUCGUCUUCUGGUUACUCUCCGUCUUCUGGGUAUUCGUCUUACUCGUCUCCUGGAUACUCUUCUCAAUCUAGUUAUUCUUCUCCUUCGAACUCGUACAGUCAUUCUUCAUCUUCCUCGUACCCAUCGUCGGUCUAUGGGCCACCUUCGUACAAACCUGGCUCCAGUUUAUACUCAAAAUACUAAUAAACGCUUACGUUCCUUUUCUGAAAAGUGAUAUUCGAUUUUCUUACUGUAUCUCAGUCAGUAUUACUAUAAUAUGAUUUAAUUAGGCCUAUUUGUGAAGAAUAUUUCUCAACGUUGAUGUGAGGAAUUUUUUUCGAACUUUGAGAUUACCUUUAUUUUGUUACCCUAUUUAAAGAUAGUUUAUUAUGUAUUUUUUUUAUCUCAAACAUUUUCUAUUAUUAUUAUUUUUACUUUUAUUGCCAUGUAAUCUCGACCUUUUUGAUUUAAAUUAUUUUUGCAUUUUGUCCCUUUUUAUCUUCCUACUCAUUGUAUGUACGUAAUAUAUACCUAAUAAUGUGUACUACCUAACGAAACUAUAUAUUAGAUAGGACCAAAUACCUACCUAUAUUUUGACCAAAUAUAUUUGUAUUAAGGGUUUAA